AUGGAUGACUGGAACCCCAUGAGUGACGCCUUCAAUAGCGUCUGGCAUAACAGUUACAGUAGUGGACAGACAGGCGCUAACCUACCCGUCCACUUGUUGCCUCCCUUUGGUGGUCAGUUGUCACGGCCUAAGACUCGUGAGAACGUCAAGCUAUACAUCGAUGGCUUUCCUUCAGAUGUAACUGAAAGUGGUUUAAAGGGUUAUCUCCAACGCAUCGGUUGUAAGCCAUCGGCGGUUAAGAGAGUGAAGACUCGUUUGGGACGAUAUUAUAGUAACCAUGAAUUUGGGAUCAGUUUUGUAGACUUCAAUAGUUAUAAGGAGGCGCUGAACGCCAUUCAAUUGAUUAGAAGUCAAUCACUAUUCAAGCUUUCGGUGGGAUUCGCGACGACUGAAGCGGACAAACAACAGAAGGAUUUCUAUAUCGAUAAAGAAAAGGAGUAUCUGUUGCGAAGACAUUUGCAAAUGAAGCCCAAACUAGACAUCGGUGACUGUGCGGCCAUUAAUGCCAAUAAUCGCCACUCGAGUCACUCUAACGGUCACCGCAUUGAGUCCGACAAUGAAAGUCAUGAGUCCUCGCAUUUGGAGGUAUUGUCUCCUUUGGCUAAAAGUGAUAAACUGUUGAAAGUAUUGAACACUUCUGGAGACGAGUGUUCGUUCUGUAAUGGAGGCGAUACCAUAGAGCACCUGCACUUCAUUCUUGAUGAGCAGCAGGUGAUUGAUCCCAAACAACUUCCGGCACUCAUUGCAGCGAACACUGAGUGCCAGAAGUGCGGUCAGAAGAGUGCAAACAUAAAGUUGUGCUCUCAAUGCAAGACUACUUAUUAUUGUGGCAUCAAAUGCCAGUCAAGUGAUUGGGUUAAUCACAAAAAGAUCUGCAGUGCGGGCGCUGUGGACAACACUCCGAGAGUGGUUUCGUCGACAAACGCGUCGCUGCCGUCCGUCCCGACCAGAGAGAGGACUCGAAGCCCUCCGCCCACCAAUCACUCGGUGUCUAAACCCAAGAGCCCUAUAAAGGAGUCCAACAAUUGUGAUGAUUCUCUGAUGAUAGUCGAGGGCUCACCGAAAGUCACUUUCAAUAAGUCUUCGGUGAGUGAUGUGACCGAUGGGCUGUCGAAGCGAUUGAAUUUUGAUGAGUCAUCCAAUGGUUCGAUGAAGUCAUUCCUCGAAUACAAGCACAACAACACUGACAUAGAUCUGGUCAUCAAUGAUGCGGUCAUUGGCGACAAUGAGCGCCAUUUGGCCACAAUCUUUGACCCCAGUAUUGGACGCAUUAUUCACUCGCUGCCAGAUGACUAUAUCAAUGAACUGCCGGUUGUGCCCAAAGCCGAGGAUUUAAUAGUUGCCAAAUAUCCUGACGGCCAGUACUUCCGGGCGUAUGUCCUCGAAGUGCAUUCAAAGAGUGCUAAAGUUUUCCUAAUCGAUGACUCAAUUAUCUCUGACGUGGACUUCUCACGCAUUUAUCAGAUCAAAGCCAAAUACCUGAAGGCGCCCUCAUUUGGUGUCCUUCUGGUGCCCGACUCGAGAGAAGCCACAGAUUUGCUCAAAAAGACGGCUAAACUGGAUAAGUCUAUCCUUAGGGGCGCUUAUGUCAAACGGGACGACAAGUUCUUUGCCCAAUGCGACGACCAU